AUGAUAAAAGUAAAAGUAAUUAUAUUAACUGUUUUAUUAUUUUUAACAUAUAAAAUUAAUUGUUUGGGAUGUUUUCGUUCAAGUAAUCAUAUUGAUACAUUUCCAAUACAUGAUCGUUUUUGUAAAUUUAACACACCUUAUUGUGUUAAAGUCACUGAAGGCGAUUAUUCUUAUAGAAAUUGCGAUGAUUUAAAUGUUUGUGUUUCUUUGGGAAAUCGUUGUGUCUCCGGAGUCAGUUAUGGUGGUAAAUAUGGAGAACUUUGUUGUUGUUCAGGAGAUCAUUGCAAUUCAUCAACAAAAAUAAUUUCCAUAACUAACAAUAAAUAUUGCAUGUUAUUUCCUUUAUUAAAUUUAUUUUUGAUUGUGUUAGUUAAUUAUAAUUUUUAA